AGCGAGUCCAGAGUGCCGCGCCCCAGUGCGAGACGCGUACGGAGAGAAACAGACGGUUGCAGAAAGAAACAGUGAAAACAAACCCGUUACCGGAGAAAAGCUGCGAGUUCUCCGCCUGUCCCUCGAGUAGCUGACCAUUCCUGCGGCACAUUUACUCCCAGAUAAGCGUGUGCAAUGAACGGAGACUCAGGUGCAGGGGUGGUGACGGCACCCCCGCCCACCAACCCCCCUCACAAGGAGCGUUACUUCGACCGUGUGGACGAGAGCAGCCCAGAGUACCAGCGAGAGAGGAACAUGGCUCCAGACCUCCGACAGGACUUUAACAUGAUGGAGCAGAAGAAGAGAGUCUCCAUGAUUCUACAGAGUCCAGCGUUCUGUGAUGAGCUGGAGUCUCUGAUUCAGGAUCAGAUGAAAAAGGGUAAAAACCCCACCAGUCUGCUCGCCCUGCAGCAGAUCGCUGACUUCAUGACUACCAGCGUCCCCACCAUGUACCCCGCUGCACCACAGGGAGGCAUGGCAGCCCUCAACAUGAGUUUGGGGAUGGUGACUCCAGUGAAUGACCUCAGAGGUUCAGACUCCAUCGCCUAUGAGAAAGGAGAGAAGCUGCUGCGCUGUAAACUUGCUGCAUUCUACCGUCUCGCUGACCUUUUCGGCUGGUCUCAACUCAUCUACAACCACCUGACUGUCAGGCUGAACUCAGAACAAGAACGCUUUCUGAUUGUACCUUUUGGGCUUCUGUUCAGUGAAGUCACCGCCUCUAGUCUGGUGAAGAUUAACCUUCAGGGGGAGAUUGUAGAUCGAGGCAGCACUAAUCUGGGUGUGAACCAGGCCGGCUUCACCCUCCACUCUUCCAUCUACGCUGCCCGUCCUGACAUCAAAUGCAUUGUGCACAUUCACACGCCCGCUGGUGCAGCGGUGUCUGCGAUGAAGUGUGGUCUGCUGCCCAUCUCACCGGAGGCUCUGGCACUGGGGGAGGUGGCGUACCACGAUUACCAUGGUAUCUUGGUGGACGAGGAGGAGAACGUCCUCAUACAGAAAAACCUGGGUCCCAAAAGCAAGGUGCUGAUUCUGAGGAAUCACGGUCUGGUGUCUGUUGGAGAGACAGUCGAAGAAGCUUUUUACUACAUUCACAAUCUGGUCACAGCCUGUGAGAUUCAGGUACGCACUCUCGCCAGCUCCGGUGGACCUGACAACCUGGUGAUGUUGGACCCGGGGAAGUAUAAAUCUCGCCCACAUCACCUUGAGCCAGCUGGAGACGGGUCGAGCCCGCACCCAAAGUGGCAGAUCGGGGAGCAGGAGUUUGAGGCCUUGAUGAGGAUGCUGGAUAAUCUGGGCUUCAGGACUGGUUAUCCAUACCGUUGUCCGGCGCUGCGUGAUAAAGCUAAAAAGUACAGUGAUGUUGAGAUCCCCCCAUCAGCCACAGGCUACUCGUACACUGAGGACAGUGACUCGGGUGCGCGCUCCCCGUUAAAGCACAGCUUUCAGCGGCAACAGCGGGACAAGACCCGCUGGCUAGCCUCCGGGCGGCCCGACGAAUCAGCAGAGGAGGGGCAGGAUGGCAGCGGUAGCCCCAAGGCGAAGACUAAGGUGUGGACGAACAUAACACACGAUCACGUGAAACCCUUGCUGCAGUCUCUCUCGUCCGGUGUCUGCGUGCCAAGCUGUAUUACCAACUGCUUGUGGACAAAGGAGGACAGUCUCCGACAAGGUGCUGUGGCCAAUCAGUUUGUCCCGAUGAACACCAACCCCAAAGAGGUCCAAGAGAUGCGCAACAAGAUCCGUGAGCAAAAUCUGCAUGACAAAAAGACAGCAGGUCCACAGUCUCAGGUGCUCACUGGUGCCGUGGUGGACCGUUCUUAUGUGCAGGAUGCUCCUCUCUCUGACUGUACGGACUCAAUUGAUGGCAUUGACCCUUCAGAGAGCUUUAGUCCCGCUAGGUCUAUUCGAAAGGGGGAGCUAGUGACCGCGUCUAAAGCCAUUAUUGAGAAGGAGUACCAGCCACGUGUCAUCGUCAGUAAAACUGGACCAAACCCCUUCAACAAGUUCACAGAUCAGGAACUGGACGAGUACCGAAGGGAAGUGGAGCUCAAGCAGAAAGGCACGGAAGCACAGGUUGAAGAGUCGGUCAACACUCAACUCUCAGGCCCUGAGGAAGUCCAGACCCCCUUAGACGUCAAACAGGAGAACGAGGAGGCUCAGGCCACCAUGGCUCCACCGCCCUCCAUAAUCCCCAGUCGUGACACCGAAUCCGGGUCGGUGUCGGGUCAAGCUAGUCCAUCAGAUCUGCCCGAGUCCCCUCAUAAGGAUUUCCACUGUGCGGUACUGAAAGCUUUGGGCUGUGACACGGAGCUGACCGCAGGUCAGACAGAGGAGAUUGAAGAGGGCAAAGUGCCCAGUGCCACCUGCACUCCCCCCAGCUCACCUGUGCGUGUAGAGGAAGAGGCACAACAGGAGCAGACGUUCAAAGAUGAGAGUGACGCCGCCACUUUAAGACAGACCCUCCCCGAUCUGACCCCUGACGAAGCCUCCGAAGUCUUCACCCUCCCCGCAGAAGAGCCCGCCCCCGGCGAGACAGACUCCACCCCUCAGGCAGAGGGGGAGGGGCCUGUUGCCGGUGACGAUGCAGCGGGAGAUCAUGGCAGUGAUGAAUCACCCAACAAAUCGCCCUCAAAGAAGAAGAAAAAGUUUCGCACCCCAUCGUUCCUAAAGAAAAACAAAAAGAAGAGUGAAAGCUAAAGCGGAAGAGUGCUCAGGUGUUUGGCAAUACCCUCCUUUGAAUAACUUUUUUUUUUUUUUAUUGUGUUUGUUCACAUUUAGUGUGUCUAUUUGUUUUUAUGAAAGGGUCAGAUUGUUUUUAUUCUUUUAACAGUUCUUUAUUAAUGCUAGCUGACUAGUAAAGUGCACUUUGCGGCAACGUGCGGCUUGUAAAGCAUGAGCUCACACUCUGAUGUCAUCAUUAUAUUUCCUGUAUUUUAUAAAGAAAAACAUGAAAUAUCUGAACAUGAAUAACCACUAUAAUGUAUUGGGAAUGUAUCAAAUGUUACUUUAAGGAAACAAUUAAUUAAUGGAAGAGUUACAUAUUCUCCUGGUGUUAAAUGAAGAUUGUAACACCGCUGCAUGCUUCAGAUUUAUCAAAUCAUGUCUAUAAACAUUUAAAAAUGGAUGACCCAGAGUGUAACGGCUCAUGUAUUCAUAAAAUACAAAGAGUCACAACAGAUCUCACCUGACCAGGAUCACAAGAGUGCAAAAAACAUGCUUAUAAUAUUUGACAUUGAAUGACUAUUAAAAUAGACUUGUAGUGCUAAGAGAAGAAUCUCUUGAAACUUGUCAUAUGUUACCCCAAAAUAAAAAAGUACAUUUUAGUUUACUUCAAUGGUAGAAAAUUAAGUUUUUUGUUUUUUUGUUUUUUGCAUUGUCAUUUAAUUUUCAUAAGAAUUAAACACAUUUUCCCCCAAAUUCCCAUUACUGUAAUGAAAAGGAAAUAUAUAUAUAAAAAUAUAUAUUAUUGAAAGUGUUUAUACAUGAUGGUAGUAUUUAUUGUACUGCCUUUAAAAAAAAAAUCAUUGUAUUUCAGUAAUGAGAAUCAUCAUUGAAAAAAAUGGGAUUUACAAAACAAGCCAAAAACACAAAAUCCAGAUGAUUUUUGGUAAUGAGAAUUUUUUUUUUUGGCGAAUGCGCUUAAUUGUCAUGAAAAUAAUGUCACAAUGUGAAAAAUCCUUCUGGUCCAAAACAUCUUCAGUAUCUUAAUGCAAAAUAGUUUUUUUUCCCUUUUGACUUUGGGGUAAAAUGUGACUUGGACAUUUUUGUGGCAUUCUCCCUAAAAAUAUCAGUUUCUGUAGAUUUCUAUGUUUGCAUAUGACGUUUGCUAUAUACCACAAAACAUUCUUUUAAAACUAUAUGUGAGUUUAAUCCUGCAGUAAUAUGAAUUAAAUGUUUGCUUUUAUAUGUGUGUUUUACUUUAUUUUUUAGCUGUAAACUGUCAUUUCGUUUAUUCUUUCAAAGCAAUGUCCAGUAACUUAACAAUGUUGUAACAACUUUAAAAUGUAUCUGUGACACUAUUAAACAUCCUGUGUAGAAUGACAGACAAAGCACUGGCUCUGUAGUCCAGGAUUCAUUCAGCCACUGAUGAAAGUCAUCGAAUCAUUCUGAAUGACCUCACGGAUCACGUUCAGAUGGAUGUUUAAAUGCAGCGUUUCUAUUGGUGAAUCUCACGUAGAAGUGUCUGACUCAUGUUUUACCCCAAAAUAAAAAUAUAUUUAGCAUUUAAAUAAAUUAAACCCAUUUUUUUUUUUUAGGACAUGACGAUUUUUAUUUUUUACUACAACCUCGAUUAUGUCAUUGCAACAAUAAUAACAAUAAAAUAAUCAUAAAAGCAUAAUGCAAGAAAUCUAAUUCUCAGUACUGUAACGUAAUUAACAUCGUGCUUUUUCAUUCAAAUCAGCUCAAAAUCAGUACAGCAAAUACUGUCAACUUUACAAAUAUAUGUGUUUAUAUUUACAAACAUGCUCGUCGUGAAAUAAUGUCACAAUGCGACAUCUUGUCAUUUUUUUAUUUUUUUAUGCAAAAUAUUAAUUAUUUGAUUUUAACAGAUUCCUGUUUAGUUUAAAAGUAGUGGAAUAACCAUUUUUAAUAUUGAUCGUGCAAAAUAGCCUUUUGGCUUCAAACAGACAUUUCUGGAUAAAUGUGAAGCACGCCGUACAUCUCGGUUUAGAUCGCUAUAAAGUCUGAACUAUAUUCUGCUCGCUAACAACAACAACAACACAAGCGUUUGCUAACGGACUGCAUGACAUUAUAUGCUUCUAUCUUGUGUUUGUCUUUUACACUUCUCUGUUUCUGUUCUUCUGAACUGUUGGAUUGAUGACAUUACUCACGUGUGUUUAUUUGAAUCUCUUUAUUUACACUUUCAUACAUGCAGCUUCUGUUCUGAAUGAUAUUCUCACUUUUUCAAAGGCGAUUGUAUGUAAUACAAAUCUACAACCACAAAAAAAAAAUAUAUAUAUAAAUAUCAUGCUACUGUGUUUUGCAAC